AUGUUCCGUGCGAACCGUCUACGUGUUCUGAGUCUCAAGACCCCAUACGCUUACUCGCCUUUCCAGUCGUUCGCAUCACCACCAUGUAGAUUGCGACCGUCACUACUCCCGAGCGCCACUUUGACCGGCGGCCGGGCCUACUCCGACGAUGCGAAAUCUCCGAAUACCGACGAUGCGGAAACACCAGCUACGGACGAUGCGAAAAAGACCGGUACCAGAACUACACGGUCACCCAGAAAGGCGAAAGAGAAGGCAAAGAAAGCCAGACAAAAAUCCAAAGCUAGGCCGGCGCCAGCAGCGCCGGCGGGGCCAACCGCAGCCGAUCAAGGUCAUCUUGAGGUCGUUCAACAUGUCUUCCAGUCUCUCGACAGGCUUGAAGACAGUUACAGGACCAUCAGUCAAAAGUUAGCCUCACUUCAAGAGGAGAAGAACGGUGCUGCCGAAGAGCAUGCGAACAAGAAGUCGGGCAAGGAUGCAGGCGACGAGGCCUUCGACAAACAACUCGAGCGACAGACGAAUAAGCUGGGAGGCAGGCUCAAAACUGUUGAGCGCACUCUAGACAUUCUCAAGAAUGUCCUGAACAGCCAAGAGAUUCCUCUUGUGAGCCUGACGAAACGAACCGAAGACUCCUCGGCACCCGCUAAGUCGAAGCCGACAAAGAAGCCCAAGGGCGAGAUUCCAGGGCCUAAAGCAACAGGAAAGAGCAAGGUCUCGUCGACUAAGGUCCGGAAGGUGGCAUCGGAAUCUUCAAAUUCAUCGCCGGCAGAGAGCAAGGCCGAAGAGUGGACAUCGCUGGCGGAUCGCAUGCGGCGCAAUAAGAAAGCCGUCGCGGCCGCUGCGGUGGCUGCUGGGGCAUCGGGUCUACGUGCGGCCAGAGGAGCCGACGGGAAAAAAAGGCCCCCUGGCGAAGACUCGCCGGCACCGAGAACGUCCAGAACCAGAGGAACCCCGCUGAAUGUGGAAUCGGUGAAAGCGGACAGUCUACGGCUAACGCCCAUCGAGAUAGAAGACAUGCCAGAGGUCCCACGGUUGUCAUAUGGAUUGGACAGAGCUCUGUUCAAUCCGGGCGUUUACUUAUUGCAGGAUCCGCACACUGGCGUCUACAACUUUGACCCAUACCUGGCAAACAUUAUGCCGAUCAACGAGUUUGAUUUCAACGCGUUGAAGAAGUAUGUGACCUCCUCGAAGGACGAGACUCUUUUCAAUCUUGCUAGGCAGCAGGGCAAAAAGUACAGUGGAUCGACAUCCAGCAUGACCUCGAUGCUGUCACAUUUUCACUACCUUCUCUCGGCUUGGCGACCGCUCAAUUUCAGCAUGAUGAGCAAAUCGUUCAAUGUUGAAAGUCAAAGGUUCACCCAGAUCUUGCGGGCUCCGGCAGCUACAUUCCUCCACCAUCGCGAUGGAGUUUAUGCUAUCGACGCCGACAAAGAGUACGACUUUGCAACCAUUCUCAGCAUGCUGGGCAAGUCGAUGGAGAAGCUUCUCACUUUGCCUCGAGAUGAAUUCGAGAGAUAUCGGAAAAAGAAUUCGGACCAGAUUUCGGAGGAAGAGCGCAACGCCAGCGAGGCGUUCCACUUCUCCACCAUGGGAGACUUCCUCAUGCGUUCUCAACUCGACGCCUAUGAUCCCCGCUUGCCAGGCACUGGCAUGUUCGAUCUCAAGACAAGAUCCGUGAUAUCCAUCCGAAUGGACGCCGGGGGAUACAAAAAGGGACUCGGUUACGAGCUCCGCAGACGCCAUGGUACUUGGGAAUCUUUCGAACGCGAAUAUUUUGACAUGAUCAGGUCGGCCAUGCUCAAGUACUCGCUGCAAGUGCGGAUGGGCCGAAUGGACGGCAUCUUUGUCGCUUUCCACAACACCCAACGCAUCUUCGGCUUCCAGUAUGUCAGCAUCAACGAGAUGGACAAUGCUUUGCAUGGAACCGAAGACCGAGCUCUGGGUGACAUGGAAUUCAAACUGAGUGUUCACUUGCUGAAUAAGGUGAUGGACCAAGCCACCAACCGGUUUCCAGGUCGGUCGAUUCGUCUGCACGUGGAAACUCGAGACACAAACCCGCCACUCAUGUACAUCUUCGCGAAGCCGGUUACGGCGGAGGAGAUUGAUGACAUCCAAUCAUCCCAGGCUGAAGAGAUCGCUGAGUAUGAGAAGCAGAUUCUCGGGCUUGUUCAGGGGCAACCGGGAGACCAAGCCACGGCCUCAGAAGCUGAAGACAUGGAGUCAGAAGCUGAGCAGGCUCUCGACGAGGUGGGAGAAGCUUCCAUGGCUGAGAGUCAGCGACAGUUUACCUGGGAGGAAAUGCAGGAUAAGGUGGAGGCGGCGAUCGAAGAUGACUCUCUUGGGGUUGACCAUGUUCGCGAAGCAAUCCGCGAUGCCCUUGAGCAGAGCGGGUUGUUGAAAGCAAGAACUUCGGAAGAAGCGCGGGGCUAUGUCGACUCUUUGCUCGAAGUUCUUACACGCAACGAAGCCACCGAAGAUGACCAGCAGGGCGCAACAAUCAAUGUUGAAACCGGGUCCCUGACGUUUGAGGUUGGACAAGGGGGUGAUCUGAACGUUGUGGACAAGGCCAGCCAACCCACCGAAGAGGAGAGCCUGACCGAUGUUGCCAACAAAAACGCCGAGGCGACUGAAGCGCAAUUAUUGCAAGAGGCGGCGUCCUCUGUCGAAAGUCAGACUACAGAUGCAGGUGUCUCCCGUGACACCAGUCUAAAGGAGCUUAUCCUUCAAUUGGCCUCGACCGUGGACGAGAAGGUCGAAUUCGACGACGUGGAACAGCCGGACGAAGAGCCCGUCUCUGACGUCUCCAAACUUCGAACUUUUGGAAGGAUUCUUUCUGAACUUGUGGCGAAAUCGAAAGAGGUGGGCUCGGAAGCAGAGGAGACAUCAUCGCCGUCUGGAGAGUCAUCGAAACAGGUCGAGGUCGAGGAACAGAAGACUGAACAGACUGAAGAUUCGGACAGCGCGCCUGCGCCGGAGGAAGAAGAGGAGCUCUUGGGAAUGCACUUGACGGUGCGAAACAAGGUCAACGGGCUUGAUGUGGUCCGACCCCCGAGGACGGCGGAGAGUUGGGAUUGGAGUCUGGAGUACUCCCUCAACGAGCUGCCUUCUGAUCAGGCGCGGAGGAUUUACCAGGCGGUCAAGCAGAGAAGACGCAAGGUCCUCGAGAGGGAGGAUGGGGACCGGGACCGGGAGUGGUACAAGAUGUUCAAGGGCCGGCUGAAGCAACUGAGCGAAGAGGGCCGCGUAUACCGCAAGGAGAAGGACGCGGAAAGCCAGAAGCGUCCGGUCCACGUCUACGGCAACGACGAGCCCAUGACGUGGGACGAUGCGUUUGGGUAUUUGAAGGAUUGGAAGAAGGACACCUCGGACCAGGACAAGAAGGAAUAG